UGGACUGCCUGGCUCAUCGCAAGUUGAUGCGAGUGAUCGCAAAUGAGCGUGAGUGACCAAUUCGCAUGUAAUUCAAUUGGACUUCGAUCAAUAAUCCCUUCGAUAGUUUGUCUUAUCUCCUCUAUCCACUCCCAUCAUCUGUCUUCACUACGUCCCUUCCUAACAUGCCUACCUUGAGGGAAGUCACGGAAAUCGCCAGCGCGCUCGCUCUGCAAGCUCCCGGCACAGACGCUCCUUUAGACGUGCUAGGGGACUGGGGACGCGAAGUCGUGCGAUUUCUGACUUGGCUCGACACCGAGGAACGCAAGGUGUUAUUCACGCUCACGGCAGUCUCUCAACUCCACACAACCUUCCAAGAGCAGGUGGAUGCGCGCCUGCACCACCCUUGGCGAUCUUGGGGUCGCCGGUGGCUUCCUCUUACUGCUGAGGCUUGGGAAGCCAAAAUGCAAGCUUUAAUGGGGAGUCCCGUGAUCGGGGACCCUCUCGCUAGCACCCAGUUGUCUUCGCUUGCUGUCGUUGCUCUCCCCGAGCCUUCUAACAAGGUCAAAUAUGGUGAUCACGCUGGCGCGGGCGAUUGGAAAACUGAAGAGAAGCCUGCGCGUCGCACUCGUACUUCUUGGGCUAAACGCCCUCGAGAGGAAGCGCCACAGGGCGACACAAGACCUUCUGAUGUCCAAACGCCUUCUUCAUUCGUGGACCGUCCUUCCAAUCGGCCCAGACUCCCACCUUCCGUAAAGAAACCACUCCGGCGCAUGCCUCCAUCCAAACCCCGCUCUUUCAACGAGUUAAUGCAAGAUAACAACCUGCGAGACCCUCACGCAGUGGUGCUUGAAUGCAAGAGAUGUAUAAAAAAAUCCUCGGCGACGAGGCCCUGCCUCACCGUACUUCGUCUGUGUUCGCGGACUGACGAGUACGAACUAUCACAUUCCUGCAUGCGCUGCAUUGUAGACCAUCAGAAGUGCGAGUGGCCUGCUGGUGCUAUUUCUAAGAACACAGAACAUCGUGCGGACGUCUCUGUAAAAUACUUCUCAUUCACCGAGGACCAGUCGACAGCUCCAAAGUCACCGGGGCCAACGUCGACUCAGUCUGGUGCCUCUGCUCCUCACGACGUAGUUAUCGAUUCGCCGCAGAAGAACACGGUGAAGGCCGCUUCUUCUACUCGGCCUGCACCCGGCCCUUCCUCGGCUACUACCGUAGCAGAGCAAGUGAAACAUACUUCCGACAUCGUCCAACUGCCUACGCCGAAGCGUUCUGAUUCGCCCAUUUCAACUUGGAUAAUGGAACUGAUGUAACGGAAUUCGUGAAUGACCUCAUGGCAUCAAGUUACCAGAAGAAUUGUGACUGCAGUCGCGUGCAACACCCUAAUGUCCACGAGAGCAGAAUCUAUGCCUUCCCUGUUCGCUACUUCACGACCUACGUCAUUUUAACCCUAUCGUCACUGGCACAAAACUCUCGAUUGCCUCAGGCUUGCGAUCUUUACUUUAUCGUCAUGUUCCCUAGCUACAGGCUUGUCGUCUCGUGCAGUAGAUGUCGAGCGCCUUCUGCUUGUAGUCAGGGCAUGUGUCCGGGACAUCUAUAACAUCCGACGCGAAGCUGUCGUACAAUAGGAGCGUUUCUACAAAUCAGCAUCUCCAUGAGCGACAUGUGCAUGCGAAGCGGCGGCCUACACAAUAACAGUAUCAUUCCUGAAGAGAUCAAACACCGAUUAGGCUACAU